CUUCUUCCCCCUUCUCCAUCUUCACUCCUCCCCCAAUAAAUAAUUCGAAAAGUUGUUGAAGUAAACGCCCUGCUAAAUUUUUUAUUAGCAUAAACUCUUUCUUCCCCCCCUUUCACCAAAGCUAGCAGACAAACCAUACUUCCUAAUACCCACAAAAUUUUUACCUUUUUUUUAUAGCAAAGCAAGUAUUUUUUAUAUACCCAUUUGCGGUUUGUGUUUGCUGGCCGGCGAUGCCGACGCCGGUGAGCGUUGCCAGGCAAUGCCUUACCGAUGAGGCUGCGCGUGCGCUCGAUGAGGCGGUGGCGGUGGCGCGUCGCCGUAGCCACGCGCAGACCAGCUCCCUUCAUGCUGUAUCUGCCCUUCUGGCUUUGCCGUCUUCCACGCUCCGUGACGCGUGUGCACGUGCCCGGGGAUCUGGCUAUCCUUCACGCCUACAGUUUCGCGCGCUCGACCUCUGCGUUGGAGUCUCGCUCGACCGGUUGCCGUCGUCGAAAGCUAUUGAGGACCCGCCGAUCUCGAACUCCUUGAUGGCGGCAAUCAAACGGUCCCAAGCUAAUCAGAGGCGGCAUCCUGAUAACUAUCACUUUCAGCAGCUGCACAAUAGCAAUAAUAGCAAUAACCCCACGGCGGCGCUUUUGAAGGUGGAGCUUAAAUACUUUAUCUUGUCUAUUCUCGACGAUCCGAUUGUGAGUCGGGUAUUCGGUGAAGCUGGUUUUCGGAGCUGCGACAUCAAGCUAGCUUUACUUCAACCGCCGAUGACGCAGGUUUCCCCCCGGUUUCCUCUGGCACGGCGUCCGCCCAUUUUCCUGUGCAACUUGACUGAUACGGAUCCCUCUCUUAGUCCAGGUCGGCUCGGGUUCGCCUUCCCGUUUUCUGACCCUGUAGAUGAUAUCGACGAGAAUUGUAGAAGAAUUGGUGAAGUAAUGAUUAGAAAGGGCGGAAAAAACCCAUUGCUUGUAGGGGUUUAUGCUAAAGAUGCUUUGAGGAGCUUCUGUGAGAGUAUACAGAGAGGGAAAACAGGUUUUUUGCCUGAGGAUUUGUCCGGGUUAAAUGUGGUUUCCAUUGAAAAGGAUGUGAGUGAGUAUGUUGUUGGAGGGAGUGAAGAGAGGAUAGGCUUAAAAUUUAAGGAGCUGGAGCACUGUAGUGGGGUUGGUGUUGUUCUCAACUUUGGGGACUUGAAAUGUUUGAUUGAUGAUGACGUUUCCACUGAUGCCGUGAGUUCUUUGGUGUCGAAAUUGACAGUAUUGCUGGAGAUGAAUAGGGGAAAAUUGUGGUUGAUGGGGGCUGCUGGGACUUAUGAAAUGUAUUCAAAUUUCUUGGCUAGGUUUCCAAGUGUAGAGAAGGACUGGGAUUUGCAUCUAUUGCCCAUCACUACCUCAAAAAGUUCAUCUGAAAGGGCUUACUCCAAAUCCAGCUUGAUGGGGUCUUUUGUUCCAUUUGGUGGCUUCUUUACUGCAACUGACUUCAAAAAUCCAUUAAGCAGCAAAAACCAAUCCAUGCCUCGUUGUUGUCUUUGUAAUGAGAAGUGUGAGCAAGAAGUUGCUUCCAUUCUAAAGGAAGGAUCAACUGUUUCAGUUGCUGAUCAGCACUCAGAAAACUUGCCAACUUGGUUGCGGAUGACAGCACUUGACAAAAAUAAGGGAGUGGAUGAAGCAAAGACCGAAGAUGAUAGAGCAAUGGCAAAUGCUAAGGUAUUGGGGCUGCAGAGGAAAUGGAAUGACAUUUGCCAGCGUCUUCAUCAGAGUCAACCAUUCCCUAGUUUAGAUAUUCCCCAGGUUCAGGUCCCAAUUGCUGAGUGUUUUAGGCAUGUCGUCGAUGAGAAACAGAACGAUGCUGAAGAUAAAAUCGUAGAUGGAAGUCAAUUUGCAAAUAUAGUUCCUGGUGUGCCAUUGAAUUUGCAGGAGAGUCUACCACCAAAAUAUAAUGCACAAAUACCAAUGGCUUCUGAAACUCAUAAUGUUAAUUUUCAGUCCAGGAUGGUGGUUAAAGCACCAAAGCCUCAGCUGAUAGGUAAAGAAGGCCCCUGGUUAGGACAUCACCCUCAUCCUAUUCUAAGCCCACCUUCUGAUCUUACAUCUGCUUUGUCUGGCCCCUCUGUCACCACAGAUUUGAAGUUAGGCACACACCAUGCAUCAACCAGUCAAGAGCCAAGGACUACUAAGUUGCAAGAUCAUGAAGAGCUACUUCGGCGCGUAUCAGGUUCCAUAUCUGCUGAGUUUGAUGCAAAUAGUGAUAACUCUUCACACCAAUUUGCCCAAUCUUCUUCAUGCUCUGGUCUAACUUCAGUGGAGCGUUAUUAUCCUAGAGAUUACAAGUCCAUUGUGACUGCUCUUGCUGAAAAAGUUCACUGGCAAGAUGAAGUCAUACGUGCUGUUAGUAAAGCUGUAUCUCAAUGUAUAACUGGUGAUGGAAAGCAUUAUUGCUCAAACGCUGCAGGAGCUAUCUGGCUUACUUUCCUGGGACCUGACAGAGUUGGAAAGAGAAGAAUUGCUUCAACUGUUGCUGAGAUUCUAUAUGGCAGCCGGGAACACUUAAUCUCUGUAAAUUUGAGCUCUGGAUGCAAGGCCAGUCAAUCAAAUGCAAUGUUCGAGUGUGAAGAGUUAAAUGGUUAUGACAUGGAGUUUAGAGGGAAAACAAUUGCAGACUGUAUUGCGGCAGAGUUAAGCAGAAAACCCUAUGCAAUUAUCUUCCUUGAAAAUGUGGACAAGGCAGAUUGUCUCGUCCAGAAGAGUUUGUCCCAGGGCAUUAGAACAGGGAAAUUUCUAAACUCGCAUGGGAGAGAAAUUAGCAUAAAAAAUCCGGUUUUUAUAACAACAUCAAGUGUCGCGAAAGGUAAUAGUGAUGUUGUUUGGGAGAAGAAGUCCAUUGUAUUUUCUGAGGAAAGAAUACUAGGAGCAAAAAGAUGGCAAAUGCAGAUACUUGUUGCUUGUGGUUCUGAGGAUACCAGGAGAGGCACCGACAUCAGUGUUAGAGUCACAAGAGGAAAGGAAACCUUGAAUGCUGCAUCUGUAAAACGGAAGCUCAUUGAUGUCAGUGACUCUACAGAGCAGGACAAAUCAAACAAAUCUCAGAGGGCACACAAAGCAUUGAGAUCCCCUCUGGAUUUGAAUCUUCCUGUAGAGGAGACAGAAGAGGAUAUCAAUUCCACAGACUAUGAUAGCGACUCCAUCUCUGAGAACACAGAAGCUUGGUUGGAAGAAUUCUUUGAUCAAGUACAUCAAAAGAUAGUUUUCAAGCCUUUUGAUUUUGAUGCACUUGCAGAUAAAAUAGUAAAGGAUGUCAGCUCACAAUUACAAAACCUUGAGGUUGUGUUGGAGAUUGAUGAAGAAGUGAUGGUGCAGAUACUUGGUGCAGCCUGGUUAUCUGAUACAAGGAAAUCAUUGGAGGAAUGGAUUGAAAAGGUUCUAUGUCGAACCGUAGUUGAAGCUCGGAAGAAGUACCAGCUGACUCCCCAGAGUGUUCUGAAACUGGUUGCUUGUUAUGGUAUUUCUGUGGAAGAGGAAGCUCCUGGUGUACGUCUUCCUGCUAAAAUUAAUCUGAACUGAUUUUUUUAAUCGUGUCAUAUUGUAAUUAAUUGUAUAAUUCAGUUGUUAUAGCAUAUAGCUUUAGCAUGUAAAAGCAAAAAAAGCCUAUUGGGCAAGGAAUCCCAUAAGUUUUUUGGUUUUUUUGGCAAUCAAAGAAUGCACACACU